GCUGAUUCCUCUCACUACUGACCGCACUGUAGUCCGCAUUGUUUGCAGUCGCCUUCCUCCAAGAGUGGGCGGUUAUCAUCAGUUUCCAGUGAUUUCACAAUGACAGAUGCUGUGAUGGGCACAAAAGGUGUCCACGUGCAGUCUGGGCCUCUUGGCGCUGAGCUGACCGAUGAAGAGAAGGAGAUCAUCAACAGUGUAAUUGUCCGGGCAGAAAAGAUGGAAGCAAUGGAGCAAGAGAGGAUUGGACGUCUGGUGAAUCGUCUGGACACCAUGAAAAAAGCAGUUUGUGGGGAUGGAGUGUCACGCUGUCUUUUAUGUGGCGAGCAGCUGGGAGCAGGAGGUGAUAGAUCAGUGGUCUGCGAGGACUGUAAAAAGAACAUGUGCACCAAGUGUGGAGUGCAGACUAACACUCGGCCACGGUCUGUAUGGCUAUGCAAGAUCUGUGGUGAACAAAGAGAGGUAUGGAAACGAUCUGGAGCCUGGUUUUUCAAAGGUCUCCCUAAGCAGUUCUUACCCUCACCUAUGCCCGUUUCCAAACCUAAAGAUCCCCGUCCUCAGCAGACCCCUGCAACACCUCCAGUUACUAAGAAAUCCCAAGCACCGGUCACAGAACCACCAACGGAUCCAUCAGUCACUCAAAAACCACCCGUGGCUCCAAAACCUGCUUAUCUUAAAAGUCAGAGUUACUCAGAAGCAGACGGAGAGGCUGCAAGCCCCCAGAAUACUCCAGUGAUGAUGAAAAAGACUGCGAAUGUCCAUGCUGCCAGACCAAACUCAUCCAGCACAUUCCAGCCAGUUGCUCAGGAGGCAGAGAGAGGAGCCUACCAAACCAUUAGCAAUGCAUCUAAUGUCCAGGAAAGAGCUCAUCCUGCAGAGAGGGAAGAGCAAAAGCCUGCUGUCACCCCUCGACCCGCCCAGCAUCAGGCGGCUCCGUCAAUGGACGAUGAGGAAGAGGCCAACAGCUAUGACUCAGAUGAAGCAACAACUCUGGGAGCACUGGAGUUCACUUUACUAUAUGACCAAGGGAACAACAGCCUCCAUUGCAACAUUAUUAAAGCAAAGGGUUUAAAGCCAAUGGAUUCAAAUGGACUGGCAGAUCCAUAUAUUAAGCUUCAUCUACUACCAGGUGCAAGCAAGUCAACUAAAUUACGAACCAAGACCCUACGCAACACUCGCAACCCAAACUGGAAUGAGACGCUGGUGUACCACGGGCUGACAGAUGACGAUAUGCAGCGCAAGACCCUCAGAAUAUCUGUCUGUGAUGAAGACAAGUUUGGCCACAAUGAGUUUAUCGGAGAAACCAGAGUUGCGCUGAAAAAACUCAAGUUCAAUCAGAAGAAAAACUUUAAUGUGUGUCUAGAGAGGGUUGUCCAAACAAAAAGAACAUCAACUGCAGGUGGUGCACGAGGAAUCACCCUCUAUGAGGAUGAGACUGGGAAGGAUGGCACUGAGAUGGAAGAGAGAGGACGUAUCCUGAUUUCCCUAAUGUACAACACCCAGCUGAGUCGUCUCAUUGUAGGUGUUGUACGCUGUGUUCACUUAGCAGCAAUGGAUGCAAAUGGCUACUCUGAUCCCUUUGUCAAAAUAUGUCUGAAACCUGAUAUGGGGAAGAAAGCAAAAAACAAGACACAGACCAAGAAGAAGACACUCAACCCAGAGUUUAAUGAGGAAUUCAGCUAUGAAAUUAAGCAUGCAGAGCUGGCUAAAAAGACACUUGAUAUCUCAGUAUGGGACUACGACAUUGGAAAAUCCAAUGAUUAUAUAGGGGGCUGCCAGCUUGGAAUCACUGCCAAAGGUGAGCGUUUGAAGCACUGGUAUGAAUGCCUAAAGAACAAAGACAAGAAGAUUGAGCGUUGGCACACUCUUCAUAACGAGAAUCACAUCUCAAGUGAUUAGGCUCUUUAAGCUUUGUGCAUGCCUUUGACAGUUUCACUUCCUUAAGUUGUACUUGGCCCAUUUGCCAACUCCAUUACCCUCCACUAAUGCAUAUUUUGGGUUGUACCGAUCUUGCUCUUGUCCGGUUGACACACGGUAUGCUUUCAAAGAACAAAAUGUGAUGUCUGGAGCUCUACUGUUCACUGUGACUUACAUACAAAUAACCAUCGUUUGGCAUUGAAAAGUAAAAGAACUGCACUGUUAUGUCAUGUUCUCUUAUCUGGCCAAAGUAGCAUUGUGUUAUUUUAAGUUAAAGUUUAAGAACAACUGUAAAAACUCCAAAUAUUUAUCUUGUUGUGGGAAUGCGUUAAUAUCAUGUCUCUUAGCAAACUCUUAGCAAAAAUAAUUAUUAAAGUCUUUCUCCUUAGAAAAAGAGGCAGAUACAGAAUAUAUAAGCCCUAUUUUAACCAGUUUUACCCAUGUUUACAGGCCAUUUAAAAUGUCAGGUAAAAUUUAAAAUUCACACUUUUAACAAAAAUAACACUUUAUUGACUUAUUUAACACCUUCCACAUCAAAGUUAAAAAAUUAUUUCAAACAAAUAGGGAAACAGCAUGUAGGGAUGUUUACACAGCACAGAUAAGACUAAAUCCAAAGAAUGUUUAAGAAUUUUAAACCAUUACAAAUCAUUUUACGUGAUCUGUUUGAUAAGGAUACAUUUAAUAUGACUUAGGUUAGAUAAUCUAGUGAAUGAAAUUUUGUAACACAUUGCUUGGUGUGCCUGGUUUAUAACAACACUUCUAUGUAAGCACACUAUUCCACAAAACCAUUUCAAACAUGCGCCUUAUUUGUAGUCUAUAAUGCGCUGAAAAUACAAAUGCCCUUGUGUAAAGACAACAACUUCCAUGGUCAAUGAAAAGAUUUUAAUAAAAGAAUAGACUAGUCUAAUGGCUGUGAAGCAAGCCAAUAUUACUUUAAUUAGUCACCUGCAGCCUGUUUGUCUUGUGACUGUAGACCAAUCACAGGAUUGCAUCAGGAAAGCACAUUUACAAUAGAAUGACCUCAACAUUAUAACCAGCUCUAAUACAUGAGAGUAUCUGUGAUCAUUGUGAAUGCAAUUCGUUUUCUUUGUAUAAUUUACACCCUGUUUGCCAACAAACGCUUCACAGCGACACUUCCGGGCUGUUCUCCUUCUAUUCGUAGAUUUGCAUUUCACCAAGGCAUCACACAAACAGCUGAUUUUACAUUUUAAACCUUAUUUGUGGUGAUAGUAGGCCUAUAUUUUGUAAAAUACAUUUGGUCCUAAAUGACCAAAGGACCAUCAGUGAUCUAACAGGACCUGGUCUCGGCACUACUAUGGCACGAAUUGGCUUUUUAUGAAAA